AUGAACAACAUUACGCAAAAGUAUCAUUAUACCCUGACGAGCAAUGUAAGACACGUCGCCGCAGCUGGGAAGUACAACUACGAAUACUAUGAUCACAGGCCAUUCACUGAACGUAUCCUGUUGGCGCCUACCCAGAUCGGUGUUGUUUACUGUUUGCUGCUGACUUUUUUCCAGUUUCUAUUGUAUGGGCCCUUGCAUGUAGAAAUGGCGAAAGUGCUAAGACCGGCCAACAGUUUAAUUUACCGUAUCGCCAUGUCGUGGUCCACUUUUUUCUUUGCAUCUUUAUUCUUCUGCACAACCACUGCCAUCUUCCAAGUUGACUUUACCAAGUCCUUCGGUAGAGGCGGCUUCAUGGUUUAUUGGAUGUCGACCUGGCUUUUCAUGCUUGCUGCCGGCGGAGCCAACGAAAAUGCAGUCAUGCUUGUAAUAACCGUAGGCCCACAAUACCUUGGGUUCUGGAUCCUGUCGUUCGUCAUACUGAAUAUUGCCCCAUCUUUCUUCCCGUUAGCGCUAAGCAACAACGUCUACAGAUACGGUUACAUGAUGCCCGUCCAUAAUGCCAUUGACAUCUACAGGGUUAUUUUCUUUGACGUGUCAAGACACAACAUGGGUAGAAACUAUGGUAUCCUAGUGGCCCUCAUUGCGUUGAAUACGGCUUUGUUACCAUUUGUUGGCAAAUACGCUGGUAAAAAACUAAGACAAAAGGCUUUAUCUGCAGCAAAGCAAGGUUGA